GAGCCGAGGUUUCAUAGUUUCAGACAAACCUGAGGUUUCUUGAGACAGAUAAUCGGUUUUUAUAUCUCUCCAUGUCUGAUUCUCCUCCCUCUACCCUUCAACCUCUACCAGAAAUACCUUGCGAGAGAUCAGCAAUAUCGUACAUUAAAAGGAGUUUGUCGACAUUCAACCUUAAACACAUUAUCUGUACUCUAGUUGCAGUAAUCUAUCUUGGAGUUCUUCUGCAUGAGCACUCUCCUUCCUUCUCCCCUAUAAGCCGGCAUCCAAGAAAAUUUACCAAAUCUCAGAAAUCCGCCAAAGGCCGCGGGAAGUUUAAACCGGAAACCCAAGAAGAUGCUUUACUUUUGGCUGAGUUUGGCCGAAGAAAGAAGAGAGUUCGAGAAACUUGUGAACAUUUUGGAGCAUAUACAACCAAAGAGAAGUUGUUGGCCAAGCUAAAGCUUGAGCCUGACCCAGGAUAUGUUCCAGGAAUAGAAAACGAUUUAAAAACAUGGAAUCUACUCAAAAAGUCGUCUUUUCAUCAGUUCUUCUUGGAGAAAACUCACGAACUUCUUUGGUGCAAGGUUCCUAAAGCUGCAAGUACAUCCUGGCUUUAUGCUUUCCUCAAGAUGGCGAAUGUUUUAGAAGACGAAAUUCCAGAGGAUAAUGGAAUGGGACUUCAUGCUCUACUGCGUGAGAAAUAUCCUCUGCUUGCUAAAAAUUUGUUUAAGAAAUAUAUACCAUCAGCUCUUAAGUUUCUUGUUGUCCGACAUCCGUUUGAAAGAUUGAUGUCAGCGUACAUGGAUAAACUCAAUAAUUACAACAGAGACGUAAAGUACAGAGGAGGGUAUUACCAUGCAAUGUACGGUGGUGAGAUAGUGGAUAAGUAUAGAGAAAAGUACAGCCAGAGAUUUCCACACCAUCCAAUGUUUAAGAGAAAAGAACCAAGCUUUGUAGAGUUUGUACAUUUUCUAAUAGAGAAUCCUGUAGAAAAGUUUGAUGAGCAUUGGAAGCCAAUAUUCCUCCUCUGCCCCCCUUGUCAUUUCAACUUCGAUAUCAUCGUCAAGAUGGAGACAUUUUCCAGGGAUACAGACUUCUUGUUGAAAAUGAAGAAUUUGGAAGGAAAUGUUUCUCUUAAACGAAAACAUUCAACUUUAUCUAAGGUGGAGAAAGCUGAGGAGGAAGAGAGAGAAGGAGGAAAAGAUAUUGGAAUACAAAAUACAACCAAGUUCCUCUUCUCCCAACUUUCAAAGAGAAUGGUUCGAGCCCUUCAUGAUAAGUACAGAGUUGAUUUCGAGAUGUUCGAGUACACUACAGACAAUUAUAUCAGGUUUGCAACGGAUUCUGAUGAGCUAAUGCCAAACAGGCUGGGGGACCUGGAGAACAUGCAGGAGGAGGAGGGGGUGGAGGAAAACACGCCGGAGCAGGAGAUAUAAGAGAUCAAGGAGCAGGAGAUGGGGGAGGAGCUGGAGAUAUAGGAGGAGAAGGAGAAGGCGGAGAAGGAGGAGGGGGAGGAGGAGAGGGUAGAGGACAACGCGCAUGCGCAAAAAAUAUAGGAAGAGAAGGAGGAUUAUCAUUAGGAAGAGAAGAAGGAUUUUGAAAUGAAAGUUCAUUCUAUACGGUCUGGUUAAAUAUGUUGAAAUGAGUUGACGGACGUACUCUCUUGACAGCUGAGCCUGAAAUUUAAAAGAGUAUUGUUGAACGAGACUUCCGAAUUUCCUUUUUGGGGUUUUAACAUUUGUGUAGAUUU